CUCCCCUGCCUCCGCCUCCUCUAAUGAGCAUCUCUGCCUUGCUUUCGAUGGGCCGGUGCUGCUGUCGCUGCUGCUGUCCGCGCGGGUUGUGGAUGUUGUCGGCUCCGUGUUGUGAUGACAGGAGAAUGUGUGUGUGUCCCGGGCCCAGACGAAUUGGAAUCCCAGUCAGAAGUUCCAGCCUGCCGCUGUUUUCUGAUGCCAUGCCAGCACCAACUCAACUGUUUUUCCCUCUGAUCCGUAACUGUGAACUGAGCAGAAUCUAUGGCACUGCGUGUUACUGCCACCACAAACAUCUCUGCUGCUCACCCCCUUAUAUUUCCCAGAGUCGCUUGAGGUAUACACCCCAUCCGGCAUAUGCUACCUUCUGCAGGCCAAAGGAGAACUGGUGGCAAUAUACCCAAGGAAGACGAUAUGCUUCCACACCACAGAAAUUUUACCUCACGCCUCCACAAGUCAACAGCAUCCUGAAAGCUAAUGAGUACAGUUUCAAAGUGCCAGAAUUUGAUGGCAAAAAUGUCAGUUCUGUCCUUGGAUUUGACAGCAAUCAACUACCUGCAAAUGCACCCAUUGAGGACCGGAGAAGUGCAGCAACCUGCUUGCAGACCAGAGGGAUGCUUUUGGGAGUUUUUGAUGGUCAUGCAGGCUGUGCUUGUUCCCAGGCAGUCAGUGAAAGACUCUUUUAUUAUAUUGCUGUCUCUUUGUUACCCCAUGAGACUUUGCUAGAGAUUGAAAAUGCUGUGGAGAGUGGCCGGGCACUACUGCCCAUUCUCCAAUGGCACAAACACCCCAAUGAUUACUUCAGUAAGGAGGCAUCCAAGCUGUAUUUCAACAGCUUGAGGACUUAUUGGCAAGAGCUUAUAGACCUCAAUACUGGGGAGUCAUCUGAUAUUGAUGUUAAAGAGGCAUUGAUUAACGCUUUCAAGAGGCUCGAUAAUGAUAUCUCCUUGGAGGCUCAAGUUGGUGAUCCCAAUUCUUUCCUCAACUAUCUGGUGCUUCGAGUGGCAUUUUCUGGAGCCACUGCUUGUGUGGCCCAUGUGGAUGGUGUUGACCUUCAUGUAGCCAAUACUGGUGAUAGCAGAGCCAUGCUUGGUGUACAGGAAGAGGAUGGUUCUUGGUCAGCACUUACUCUCUCUAAUGAUCACAAUGCUCAGAAUGAGAGAGAACUUGAACGGCUGAAAUUGGAACACCCAAAGAAUGAGGCCAAAAGUGUGGUGAAGCAGGAUCGGCUUCUUGGCUUGCUGAUGCCUUUUAGGGCUUUUGGAGAUGUUAAGUUCAAAUGGAGCAUUGACCUUCAAAAGAGGGUGAUAGAAUCUGGUCCAGACCAGUUAAAUGACAAUGAAUACACCAAGUUUAUUCCUCCUAAUUAUUAUACACCUCCUUAUCUCACUGCUGAGCCAGAAGUAACUUACCACCGUUUAAGGCCACAGGAUAAGUUUCUGGUGUUGGCUACUGAUGGGUUAUGGGAGACAAUGCAUAGGCAGGAUGUGGUUAGGAUUGUGGGUGAGUACCUAACUGGCAUGCAUCACCAACAGCCAAUAGCUGUUGGUGGUUACAAGGUGACUCUAGGACAGAUGCAUGGUCUCUUAACAGAAAGGAGAGCCAAGAUGUCCUCAGUAUUCGAGGAUCAGAAUGCAGCAACCCAUCUCAUUCGCCAUGCUGUGGGCAACAAUGAGUUUGGGGCUGUUGAUCAUGAACGCCUCUCUAAAAUGCUUAGUCUUCCUGAAGAACUUGCUCGGAUGUACAGAGAUGAUAUUACAAUCAUUGUAGUUCAGUUCAAUUCUCAUGUUGUAGGGGCCUAUCAAAACCAGGAAUAGUAUGUGGAUCUUAUCCUAGCAAUUCUCAGAAGACUUAAAGGGCAUAUUGAUUUUUAAAAGAUAGUACCAUAAUAAACAUUGCCAGUGGGUCAUUCUAAGCAUUUACCCAUUUGCUACUCUAGCUAGUCAAGUACUUCAGAUUGACUUUGCAGCAGGAUGGCAGGAUCCUGAAAGUCUCAUUCUGCCUGAGUAGGACCUCAAAGCACCUGCACUUGAGGCAAGUUCCUUAUUGCUGAUGUCUUGUGACACUGACUUGUAUUAUCACUUUGAGUAAAGCAGGGUGACCUGGCAAACAGGAUCUUGAAUAAGCCCAAAGCAAGGAUCUUGCUGGGCAUAUUCUUUCAAUAAAAGGGAAGAAAUAUUACUGUUCAUGCCCUUUCCUCACCAAGAUUCCAGUGCACAUGAGGACCUUUAUUGCAUGAUUUCCUACAUAUACAAUCUAUGCAUUCAUAUAAAAUUAUUUUAACCUGAAGUGGUUUUCAAAUCCUAGACUUUAAGCCAUAAAUGACCGAGACCCAAGCAAUUGAAUUUGUAUUUGUGCUUAUUUGACUGGAAUGGUUGUUAAGUAGAAAAACAAACUCUGUUCCCAUCCUCCCUCCUGACUACCUAGUAUAAUUGAAACAGUUCCUAUUUUGCCUCACACUUGAAUACAAUAAAGGUUUUUAGUUUACUCUUGUAUUGAUACUAAAUAAAGGGGAAGAUAAUUGUUUGGCUUUUAUUAAUAAAAGGUUUUAUUUAGUUUGAAAUAAAUACCAGAAUAAAAAGAAAAGACUGAUGUUCACUUAUUGCUAUCUGUAGCCACCAGCACAUCACUCUUAUGUAAUCUCCAAAGGGGUAGCGUGCUCUGAGCGUGUGGUGAGUGACUGCUGCCAGAAAAUCGUAAUUUAGUAGUGAUAAGUAUUUCAUCACUCCUGAAAAUUUAAGGAUGUUAUACAUAAAGUAAGUUUAAAAUUCAUACUGGGAAAUAAGGCUUAUUAAUAGUGCCAUUGGGUGUUCAGACAGGGGAGGAAGUUUUUGUUUUUCCCCAUUUAGACAUAGGUCAGUUAAAAUAUUUGUUUUAAAAAUUAUGAAGUGCUUUAAACAUCUUGUAGUUUGUAAAUAUGAAUGUUAAGAUAUAUAUAUGUAUAUAUAUGAGAAAAAAUUAAAGGUAACUAUGGUGCAUGCCUAAUGCUUAAUAGAGCACUUAAGAGCAUCCUGUUUUCAGCAGUUUCUAUAACUAUAUGCUGUGUCAAAAUAAAUGAAAAUAUAUUCAAAUUGGCUUUUGAAAGCUUAUUUGAUAUGCAUCACAUGGAAUUUUUCCUGUAUUUAAUGGUGAUCUGCUUUCAGCUGUGCAUAUCUUUUUGUCACUUAUUCUAGUAUCACUUAAAAGAAUGACUAUUUGUAUAGAUUUUAAUACAAAACAUGAUCAGCUUUCCUAUGUGUAGUUAGAUGGAGGAUUAUUUAGGAAUCCUUUCAGAUAUCUGUAGGAUAUGAACUAGAUAUUCAAGGAGUUCCCUUAGACUGUGGACACAGAAGCCCUGUAGAAUUGUCUGCAAAAUCUGUUUCAGUUGAAAACAGACACAGGAAGAUUGUAGCUCAGAACAUCAUUUUUUUCCUGAGGUCUAUUUUUUUCAGUUUUUUCCUUGAGUCAGCUUGAAACUUUCUUCCAGGCAGUAUUUUAGAGGGGGAAAAAUUAUAUAUUUAUUUGUAAAUGUUUUGACAGAGGCUUCAUUUUUAAAUGAAAUAUACAGACACAACCACAAUAACAAAACCCAUUUUCAGGCUACAAUUUGAAUUUCUCUUGAACACUACCACUGAAAAGUUCAACAUUCUAUAUUUAUAAAAUCUGUGUAGUACAGUAUAUAAUUUCCUGUAAUCAUGAGCAAGGUAGUAACUCUUUGUUAUUUGGUCCACAUUUUGAAAGCUGAUAUAUUCUCUGUAGAAAGGAAAACCUAGUGGAGUUGACCAUUGUGGAAAUAAAGAUAAUUGGAUGUUAGAAAUUUGAAUGUAUUAUUUAAAUGCAGUUGUGAUUUUAUUGUAUGUGAUUGGUUGUUAACUGUAAUGUGAUAUCUAGAAUUAAAGAAUACAUGUAAACUUU